AUGAGAUUCUCCGUGGUGACCGUCGUCAUCGCCGCCCUCGCGCGGGGUGGCGUCUGCCUUAGAUUCUUCAACUCGACAGGCCAGCUGCCGGCGAAUAUGACAGACGAGUGCAAGGAAGCCCUCACCGGCGACAUUGCUUGCACCCCGCGGCUCAUCAUGCCGCAAGAGGUGGCGGCGAGGUUGCCGUCCAACACGACUGAGCUGGACAUGUACUGCAACGACACGUGCACCGAAUCCAUCAAGCAAUGGACAGCCGCUGUGCACGACUGCUGCGGCAACGAGCGCUUCGACUUCGGCUCCAGCGCGAUUCUCGGCCGCCAACCGUUCCAGCAGUCGGCAAGCGAUAUGGCCGACGCUCUGGCAUGGGCACAGGGAACCGCUUGCCUGAGAGAAGAAAAGAGCGGAAACUUUUGUGCGCCAAAGUUGACCAACGGCACCUUCGAAGAGUGCGGAGAUUGCACCCUCAAGUAUCUGGCGGCCAUGAUGAGCUCGUGGUACGGGAUUGGCAGAGCACCUAGCGAGACGACCUUCAGCGCGUUGCUGGACAAAUGCUGCGUGGAUCCGGGCAAAUACCCACACAGCAACUGGACCAUGCCAGAUCUACCUCGUCCAACUGGAAUGCGGAACAUCACCUGUUAUGGUGGGUGCUUCCAUAAGGUCGUCGAAGGCGACACGUGCGAGUCGAUCGCAUACGGAUACAACGUAUCGUACGACCGGUUUCUGUACCAAAACGGCUUCGAUUGGCAGUGCCGUGGACUCCAAGUCGGCAGAGAAGUCCAGGAAAAUGACACGUGCGACUCCAUCGCCAGAGAUAAGCAGUUCACACUCACUGAACUCUUGGCCUGGAAUCCGACCAUCCAUCGCACGUGCGACAACCUCUCCGACAUGAAAGGUCGCACCAUCUGCCUCAGCCCUCCAGGGUCAGAGUCCUACGACGUCAACAUCACGGUGUCGUGGGGUCAGCCAUGGACGACGCCUUCCUGGGGGUCAUGGAUGCCGGCACCGACUUUGGGAGAUCCGAACGGUACAGCGACAACACGAGCAUUAGAGCUCCGUGACAAACUGCCGACGGCCACGUUCGUGUACAACGCCACGGCAGAGAAGCGCCUGGCUGAGCUGUUUGCGAGGCAUUGCCCUGUCAGUCAAGACGACUUCGAAAGGGGUUUUGAUUGGUAUUACCUGAGCCGCAAGUGCUACGAGCUGUUGAGGCCGUACUGCAAUCCGACGCUUGACGGGCCGGCGCCAACGGGGACACCCAGUGUUCCGGAUGAGUGCCUGCCCGCUGUCGUGAUGGGAUGGCGAUCGAGUGGCAACUGA